UACCAGUCUACCUACCUUAACCUAAGAUCGCCUCCUCUUCCCAUCCCCAAACAUCACUAUCCCAUCGCCAACCAAACGCCACCCCCCGACGCGCUACUCGUCUCUCUCAUUGGUUUCGAUCUUAGUCGACGUCGCAUUUGUCGCCUUCGCAUCGCCUUUUAAAUACAUAUCUUUAUACCUUACCUUUUACACCGUCGGAUGGGUGUCGGCCGCUUGAUUGUGACAGGCUCUGUGCCUGUCAAGGUUCAGAGAGCGUGUUGAAGAAGAAGAAGGGUUGAUACUUACUGCAAAUUGAUUGAUUUCAACCGGAGACUCUUCUUCAUAUUAUAAUUGAUUAAGUUGUCUUCUAAUAAUCCGCGCGCAAUCUUUUCGACUUCGAUAAAACCGCCGUCAUGUCGCACCCACAACCAACGAUGCCACCGAGGCAGUUUUCUCCCCAACAGCAUUCUCCGAAUCAAAGUUAUCAACUUCCUCCCAAUAAACGAGCGAGAUUAUCUCCCGGGCCCCCGUCGAACCCGGGCUCACCGUAUCUGAAUUAUGCCGCAAGUCCCAGAGCUACUACUCCAGCAGCUACACCGAUGACCUUACCCUCACCUGUUCCUGCUCCCAACCAUAACAUCAACCAAGGUCAAGGUCCUGCUGCAACUGCAACUGCAACAACAACGACAGCUUACAACACACCUUACCAGCAACCGAAUGGUCGAUCUACAUCAGUUGGUAUGACACUUACCAUGCCAACAGCCGUACCAACGCCACCUUUAGCAUCGCCUCAACCGCAGACUCUCAGCGCCAGUCACGCUCCUUACUCCAACGCGAAGCUCGCGCCGGUGCCCACGAAUACCUCAUUCAAUUCCUCGGCACCCUCAGUUACCACCAGCAUGGGACCACCAACUAUCAACCCGGCCGGGUCUUUCUCGUCCAACGAUGCGACGAGACAAGGGCCCAAACCUACAUCGACCAAGGCAGACGUAACAUACGACGUAGAUGAUAUGCUUGUAGGCACCGGUAUCGAUCUAGAAGAGGAGGCAGAGUACUUAAAUAACCUAGAGUCUCGUGGAUUCCCUAACUAUCCGCCUGGAGGAUCCGAGGCUUUAUAUGGAGCUGGGCCUGCCAAUCAGCCUGCCCAGUCUACCAAUGCAAAAACUCAGGAGGAGCUUGCUGUGGAGAGUGCAGAUAGAGCCUGGAACGAAGCAGCAGCACGGCUAGCCCGGACUAGAGCUCAGGAAAUAGCCAGCUACCUGUUAGAACCAGGCGUGGUACACAAGCGAAUGCAGGACACGGCUUCUAAGUACGGUCUCAGCUUGAAUUUGGACCUGAAGCCUGAGGGGGGCCGAUAUAUGGGGAAAAUGGCAAGCCCCGGAGGCGCUAAGCCGGAGAUCAAGGUUAUGUACCAGCAAUCUCCGGACGGUACAGUGGUGCAGACUCUUGGCUCAUUUAUCCCUCACGAUGCCUUUCUCGUUGACCAAAUCGCGCUGCUGUCGAUAAGUACGAAGCAACACUUGAGAGAACUGCUUAGUGAUGCCAAUAGGGUGGCCACUACGCGACAGAAGACUUCGCAUGGUGCAGUGCCUUCUGAAUGGCUUGAUGCAGCUGCCAUACCGUCGCCCAACGCGAACGGAACCCCUGGUGAGGGCCCGCGGACGGGUGUGGAGAGCGCGGUUAGCCCCCGCACAAACCCACUCAAACGUUCGGCAGAUGAGCUCAGUAAUGGAUUACCAACACCGGUCUCUGAAGCCUCUCCCACCAAUCCCAUGGUAGAAGCUAUGAUGGGAACCGUGAAGGAUGCGCGCGACGCCGAAGAGGCUCGUCUUAGAAAGCGGCUGAAGCGCAUGGAAAAGGGUACCGACAAAGACAAGGAGGCCAUCGGUAGCACAUCACGAGCUGGGUCCGUGGCACCGGGGACUCCUGGAUCUAUAGCCCCGGAAGCGGCUGAGUCGAAAGCUCCGACGAAGAAGGAGAGUAAGAAGGCAGCGAAACUGGCGGAGGCGAGCAGUACGACUGUCAACCAAACGUUAGGUUUGUUUGCGGGUGGCAAGAAGAAGAAAUACUCGUGGAUGACAAGCUCGGGAGGCCCCGGUAGCGGCAUGAGCAGUCCUCGUCCUCAAACUACGGGUGCACCUGGUACGCCAAGUUCCACAGCCGCACCUAGUAGCAAGGCUCCUCGGGGACCUCUUACAAAGGCGGGCGUUACGCAUCUUGGGCAAUUCCGUGAGGAUUCUGAUAAGGGGAAAAAUAUUCAGCUUCGUGAUUGGGUCGUGGUUAUAGAAGAACGCGGCUUCGACUCCAAGGCUCUGCAGCAGGCGUACGACAUUCUGGACAGGUCCGCAAAGGGUACGGUGGAGAAUACGUCGUGAUGAUAGGUGGUCGGCAUCAGGGCUCUAAGGAAUCGAUAGUAUAAAACCAACACGGGGGUCUUUCGAAAUGAGCCCCAACCUAAACAAAAGCUGGCGAGUAAUGAGAUAAAACGGGGAUUAAGUUUACUUUCCGGCCGGGGGGGAUUAUACCCUCUAGACACUACGCGUUGUAUUGGUAUACAUAUUUCUACUUUUCACAGCCAGGCGUUGGCAUCAGAGGGGCAUAACAAGGGGGGGUAUGGUUGGCUUUUGCAUUUUCUGAUUUUGUUUUGGACCGCCUCCGCCUUUACUCUUCGGUGGACGAGGGAAAGAACAGACCAUCUCGAGAGGAAGAUGAGGGGGGGAGAGAGGUUCGAAAAGGAACGACCUUGACUGUGUGUUGGUGUUGAUGCCACAUGAGAUGGAGAGAGCCCCCUGGGCUUAAUUUUACGUUUUUGCCUACCCUAGUAAGCAAGAGACCGACUGGCCGAUCGAAAGUCUAUACCAGGGCGUCUAUGGAUGUGGAUAGCUGACUCGGUCGUCUGAUCGGGCCGCGUAGAUAUCUAGCUUAGAUGGUUAGCGAGAAUGGCCAAGUGAAAUACGCGCGAGCGCAUAUAUCGAUGAAUUCCGAAGAUUCCGGUGCUGUGAUUUGCAUUUCAUAGAAGGUAUAUAUAUAUUAUACCUUAAUUAUCUAAGUUAGUAAAUAUACGAUUCUAGUAG